AAAAACAUGGAGUGUGUGUGUGUGUUUAAUGGCGGAUAGGUUGUGAUUGUUUGUGGUGAAAUUUCGACUGAUUUUGGCUAUAAAACUCAGUAAUUUACACACUAUAACAAUUAAUUUCCUGUAAGUUGAUUGAUUGAUUGUCGCUAAAGCAUUUUGCACAAUUUCUAUUACAAAGUUGAAAAAGUAAAGAACUGCUUGGAGCUCACCUCACACCACAGGCUCACACGUACCCCCUCGUAACGUAACCGUAAUAACAGUUAAUAUUCUCAUUUUAUGCAACAGAUUAGCGUCUCGUCAUUAGUUUGGUAAGAUGUCGGAUACGAGUGACCUGGACCGCCAGAUAGAACAAUUGAAAAGAUGCGAGAUAAUAAUGGAGGCAGAGGUUAAAGCGCUGUGCGCGAAAGCCAGGGAAAUUUUAGUUGAAGAGAGUAACGUUCAACGUGUGGAUUCUCCUGUUACGGUCUGUGGAGAUAUUCAUGGUCAAUUUUAUGAUCUGAAAGAGUUGUUCAAAGUAGGUGGAGAUGUUCCUGAAACCAAUUAUUUAUUUAUGGGUGACUUUGUGGAUAGAGGGUUUUAUUCUGUAGAAACAUUUUUAUUACUCCUUGCUUUAAAGGUACGGUAUCCAGAUCGCAUUACACUAAUUCGUGGCAAUCAUGAAUCUAGACAGAUCACACAAGUAUAUGGCUUCUAUGAUGAAUGCUUACGGAAAUAUGGUUCAAUCACUGUGUGGAGGUACUGCACAGAGAUAUUCGACUACUUAUCCCUGUCUGCAAUAAUUGACGGGCGUAUAUUCUGCGUGCACGGCGGCCUCAGCCCAUCCAUUCAGACUCUGGACCAGAUUCGCACCAUAGACCGCAAGCAAGAGGUGCCACAUGACGGGCCCAUGUGCGAUUUGUUGUGGAGCGACCCUGAAGACACGCAAGGCUGGGGCGUGUCGCCGCGCGGCGCGGGCUACCUGUUCGGGUCGGACGUGGUCGCGCAGUUCAACGUGUCCAACGACAUCGACAUGAUCUGCCGCGCGCACCAGCUCGUCAUGGAGGGCUACAAGUGGCACUUCAACGAGACCGUGCUCACUGUAUGGUCCGCGCCCAACUAUUGCUACAGGUGCGGGAAUGUAGCAGCUAUAUUAGAACUAAACGAGAAUCUACAACGAGAGUUCACAAUAUUCGAGGCGGCCCCGCAAGAGUCCCGAGGAGUGCCCUCGAAGAAGCCCCAAGCUGAUUACUUCUUAUAAUGUUCCAUACAAUAGACAAUUUGAGAAAAAGUCGACGCUCUAGUAUUACAGUUUUAAUGUAGUGACAAAACAUUUACGUUUAUUACUACUGGCCAGCAUGAUGUGCACUGGCAAAUUUAAAAAUUAUUAUUUUUUUAUUUGGACAGUAAUGGCCAGUUAUGUUGACCAAUGGCAAUAAGCCAACAAUUCAAUGUGGAAAUAUUUUAUUGUGAUUUUAAGACUGGUAAGUGUAGCAAAUAUGUUUAUUGACAAAUUUUGUGUUUCGCAUAACAUGUUUGAGAAUAUGUAAGAAAUUAUUGAUAUGAGUGUUUUAAGUAUUGUAUUUGAUAUUGGUCAACAAUAAAGUAAUACCCUACAAAUUAUUUAUUAUAACGUAGGACCAUAAAAUAUAAAAUCAAAUCAAUCAUGUCAGGAAUAUAAUAUGGGUCUAUAUUUUGGUAUAUUGUUGACCAUAGAAUAGUAGAUUUUUGUAGAACUAUGUUAUGCGAUACAUUUAAGUUGUGAGAGUCUGAGAGUGUGGUCUUUAUUUUUCAAUAUUAUCUUUAAGGUCUUUUCAAAUAGCUUUAUGGAUUGUAUAUGCGAGCCUGUUAACCUUCUUUCAAUCCGAUUUAUAAUUUUUAUAAUUCGUCUUAAAGCAUAAGAAGAAAAAUGAUGUUUGUAUUUUGCUUUUUAAGUUUAGUUUUCUAUCUCUUAUAAGUUCAAUUACUGAAAAAUGCAUGGUAAAUAAUAUGUACCAUGUAUUUUUUCUUCUAUGUUAAGUUUUCUAUGACUUGUAGUUUCAGUUGUGUGUUGCCUUAUGCCUGUCAGUUAUAGAAUAGAUUUAUAUAAAUAAUGGUGAUUACUCGAUUGAUUCAUAAUGACUUUAUCACAUACUAUGCAGUAGUAAAACCCUAAAAUUCCAGAUAAGAACUAUGUAUUGAUGUUUCAAAGUCGAUAAUGAUUCGACCAGCCCCAUUUUAGAGUCCGACCACUCUCUUAGACAUUGGAUAUAAUUUGUGGUAUAGUUCACACAUAAUAUGUAAGCCAAAAUUUAAUUAUGAUUUAGUGGCUCCUUUUAAUGUAAAAUAUAGCCUAAGUCACGCUCCAUCUCUACACAAACAAACACAUGUCAGUGUUCUGUUAUGACGUGAAAGAAGGAUAAGCAAACACAAUUUCACAUUUGUAAUUCUAGAAAAAAUUGUUAACACAGAUUAUAAUGAAUUUAUAGUUAUAUUAAUUGAGUAGAAUGAAUAGAGUACCCAUUCAACAUUUUUUCAAAUGUAUUGGUGCCGUGAUUGUUUUAUUUUUUAUUAACAUUUGGCUACUAUUUUUAUUUGAUAAAGAUAAUAUUAUGUUGAACUAUACCAGAUCUUUUGUGAUAAGGUUGAUAGCUUUCGCAUUGUCUUGACGCAAUACGUCAGUUUCGCAAAAUGUCAACAUGAAAUGUUUGGUCACAUUCGCAAAACUUCUUCAUGUCUGCUACUUCUAAUACAAUAUUGUGUAUAUACAUGCAUAUUAUCACGCCUUCUUCCCUUGAGGGUAGGCAGAGACUAUUGAUUUCUACUUUCCACGAUCUAUUGGACCUAUUACUUUUAUGGGUAUUAAAAUGACGUGAUUUUUAACAGUGACAUUUUGCGAAAGUGACUUCCAAGACAAAGUCUGUGGCCAAGACACAAUCGAUAAAGUGUGGAGUACAAUGAAUAGGAUAUGGGAACAUUUUCAAUAUUAGUAGUAUUAGACAGGCACAAAGUAUGGUCAUUCGAACACUGCCGUAAUAUGUAUAAUAGAGUAACGGAUAAGAUGAAACCAUUAUUUUUGUGUUAGCAUUUAAAAUCAUGUACCUAAGAUCAUAGAUAAGUGACAUGAGAUAAGUCUUUUUUGUUUUGCUUUAUUUUGAUGUCGUUAGAUUAGUAAUAAUAAUAAAUUAUUUAAGUCUGACAAGAUCGCGCGCUGUGCCCCUGAAAGUGGCCACAUAAGUCGUCUAUAAAAAAAUUAUAACCUAUUUUAGUGAAAAUAUCCCUACGGUCUGUAUAUUUCCAUUCGUUCUUCCAAUGUGGAAUAUUGUAAUAUGAGAUCCCUACUUUAUGAACACUUUAAAAAUCAAACCAUAUUCUUGUUAAAAUGUUUUGUCCCUAGAUAACAUGUUUUCUCUGAAAUAGGUUUUAACUUUUUUUUGUAAAAAGUAUACACUGAUAAAAACCGUGAAGCUAUAAAUAAUACCUGAGCACGCACUGCUAAUAUGCAAAGUACAUAUAUUGCUAUCUCUUUAUCUGUGGCCUUCCUCUCUUUCUUUCUCUCUGAAAGGUAUAACUAUACAUUAUACCCAUGAUACCUCUCAAGACAUAAGAAAGAGAGGAAAGAAACCUUGCAUCUAAAAGUUCUUAGUAGUGAGAGGUCCAGCAUUAUAUUCUAUAGCUUCGUGAUAAAUACCCACUAUAUACAGGUGAUGAAUUAACACUUUAUAUGUAACUCGCACACAUGUUUCCAAGAAAAAGCACGAAUUUGCCAGACUAUAAAUUACAUUUAUAGAUAUUGUAAAUAAAACAGCAUUUGGGCCUAUUUACUAUGUCAGCAUUGAGUUUGAAAAUCUGUUUACAAUUAUAAUUGUAGUGCAAGAGUGCAACGUAAGUGUUCAUUAAUAGUUCGUAAAAUGAAUUAAACAUGUUCACAGUAAAUUAUCUGUUAAAGCCUAGACAGAUUUGCACCGCAAGCCACGCCUAAGAUUAUAUUUCGCGAAACCUUCUACAGGUGUUUUGCGGUGUGAGUCUAUCUUUAAAAGAAUUAUCAUUAUUGAAAACAGAUCAAUGGUGUAAAUUUUGAUCUCAUAUAAACUUGUUUUAGGACACAUUGUUGCUUAUGACACUAUUUGAAAAGGUAUUCUAUAAGCAAUUCGUCUGUUUAUCAUCGUAAUAUCUCGCUUAUCUCAGCUUUAUUUUAAAAUAUUUUUGUCCCAAUAUAAUAAAUUAAACCUUAUGUAAAUUAUUACUCAAAGAAAAUGUUGACCAUUUUGUAUUCCUACUUCUUUUUUAUACAUUAAUUAAAAUGAAAUGCCAUUGUAACAAA